AUGCCGCGGUCGUCGCAUGGUUAUGAUGAGUACAAGUUCCGCGAAGAAUUCCUACCGCCGGACCUUGUCAUUGUGAUCGCGGACAUGGAAUCCUUCAUCAACCGCAUCAACCCCGAAGAGCAGUACAGUGGAGACCUCGGGUUUCUCUCGACUCCGUGUAUUCCCAGAAGUCGGUUGUGCAUGUGGAUCCGCGAGUAUGGCGUCGCUGGGAUAGCGCGAGUGUACAUGCACCGCCCUUACCUUCUCAACGAAGACUUUGUCAUCUACUUUGCGUACACCGGCCGGGUGGAUAUCCUUCAGUUCCUACACGACAAAGGCAUGUACUUAUCAACGUUUGCGAUGGUCGCAGCGGCAGCACGUGGACAUUUGGAUGUCGUGAUGUUUCUCUCUGAUGUGUCGUAUUGGCACGAGCUUGCGCGGGUUCGAGCGUCGUACCAGGGCCACGUCGACAUUGUCGAGUACUUGGAGACGUACGAGUACAUGCACAACUUGUCGAACGAGUUCACCUGCGUCCUCCAGCCCAUUUGA